GAGUUCCGCUACUGUGGAUGCUCCGAAGCCGUGAGUGAGGAAGUUCUGGGCCGGGUCUUCCGGGGGCGGAGACUAGCCUGCCAGAGCAGGAAGGAGGGAGAGGGAUGGUAGGGUACCAGCUGCAGGUCAGACCCUGAGUGCCCAGAAUCCCCAAGUCACCCCGACUGUCCUUGGGGUCAUUAUGCAGCCGAGACUCUGGACGACCUCCAGGUGAGGCGGCGGCGACGCCGCGGAGGCGGCACCGGGUGCCUGCGGGUUGGCCGGCAAGGAUGCAGCCUGCACCUGCUAGCAUCCAGAGCGGCCACCGCUGCAGCAGCCGCAAGCACAGAGCCACCCGAGGACGCGGCGCCAGCGGCUGGUAAAUCUUUCCCUAUAGGGAGCCAGCGGAGAAGACAACCGAAAAAGAGGACUUGCCAGAUUCUUGGUUUUGUUCUUUGACUCGGCUGUUUAUGAAAAUGCCUUGUGUAUGUAAUCUGAAUAACUGGAGAAGAUGGAUCAGACCCCUGCUCAUAUUUCUUUACGGAUCAGCCCUCUUUGUAUUGAUACCAAUCUGUAUUUGGGAAUUCCAACGAAUGGAGGUUGGAAUACACACAAAGGCUUGGUUUAUUGCUGGCCUGUUUGUACUGCUAACCAUACCUGUGUCUAUGUGGGGGAUCCUCCAACAUCUGGUACAUUACACCCAACCAGAACUUCAAAAGCCUAUAGUAAGGAUCCUUUGGAUGGUCCCAAUAUACAGUUUGGAUAGUUGGCUGGCUUUGAAAUACCCCAAAAUUGCAAUUUACGUGGACACCUGUAGGGAGUGUUACGAAGCAUAUGUCAUCUAUAACUUUAUGAUAUUCCUUACCAACUAUCUGACAAUCCGAUUCCCAAGCUUGAUGCUACACCUAGAAGGUAAAGAUCAGCAAAACCAUCUUCCUCCAUUAUGCUGCUGUCCACCAUGGGCGAUGGGAGAAAUGCUGCUCUUCAGGUGCAAGCUGGGAGUGCUGCAGUACACCGUGGUCCGGCUCAUCACCACCAGCACGGCCUUAGUAUGUGAAAUCUCUGGGGUAUACGAUGAGGGGAACUUCAGUUUUGCCAAUGCCUGGACUUACCUGGUUAUAUUAAACAAUUUGUCGCAACUGUUUGCCAUGUACUGCUUGCUGCUGUUUUAUAAAGUCCUCAGGGAGGAGCUUAGCCCUAUACAACCUGUUGGCAAAUUUCUUUGUGUGAAGUUAGUGGUCUUCGUCUCCUUCUGGCAAGCAGUAAUUAUCGCUUUGUUGGUUAAAGUGGGCGUUAUUUCUGAAAGACGUACCUGGGAAUGGCAAAGUGCAGAAGCUGUGGCCACAGGCCUGCAGGAUUUCAUAAUCUGCAUCGAAAUGUUCUUUGCUGCAAUUGCCCAUCACUAUAGUUUCUCCUAUAAACCCUAUGUGCACGCCUCGGAGGAAGUCUCCUGCUUCUACUCCUUCCUCGCUAUGUGGGAUGUGUCCGAUAUCAAAGAUGAUAUUUCUGAGCAAGUAAGGCGUGUCGGGAGGACAAUGCGAGGAUAUUCAAAAAAGAAGCGUUUUCCUGGCGAUCCGGAUCACAAUGAGCAUUCCAGCUUGUUACCUCCAUCUCAAGAUAAGAAGGCUUCUCGUUCUUCCAGGUCAUCCUCACCUGUGGGCCUAUACCAAGGUUUGGGGCACACUAUUAGAUCACAGAGCCCAAUUUCUGUGCCCACCCUAUCUGAAGAUAUUUUGAAUGACAUCUCGGAGGAACAGCAAAAGCUUCUUGAUACAGGACAAGAUAUCGUGAUUGACAUCCCAGACGAGCAGGAGAUUCCUGCUGAAAACCAGUAUCAAGAACAACUCCAAACAGCUGUUUCAUGGACUUUACGUUAUUCAGCACAAUCACCUGAAGAUACCACCAUUGAUAUCCCAGAUUGGGAAGAUGAUGAAACUUCGGAUUCCUCUUCCGAUGUCACCUUUUAGAGUUGUCACAUCCGCCAUGGAUUAUAAUAUGUCAACAGUGCGGAAUGUUGUAAGAUCUCAUACAUGAUCAUGGGUCCCAGGAUGUAAACAGUGCGGAAUGUUGUAAGAUCUCAAAAAUUCGUAAAAAAUAUAUAUACAUGAAACACUAAUACGCAUAUUAACCUACUUAUAUUUGUAUAAGUUUUAUAUAUCACAAAUAAUGUUUAAAUUUCCUAGGCUUUGGCUUUCUUAAACUGUUAGAAUAUCAUUUAUUCAAACAGUAGGUAACAACUUUAGCAAAAUGCUCUUGAAUUUCUUAGACGAACAUUUAAAAAAAAAAAUCAAUGCUUCAUACCACUGCAUGAACGUAAUGCUCUAGACUAAAAUUGCAAAUUAAUUGAAUUUAAUCUAAUUCUAAUCAUGUGCCAUUUAACUUUACAAAUUAUACUGUUAAAAGAAAAAACAAAAAAAAAAAAAAAACAAUUAUACUGUAUUUAAACU